AUGAGUCGUCACGAAGAAGUUACCGUAAAGUGGGACAAGAACAAGAAGUGGGAAGAGCUCAAGGAAGUCAAGAAUGUCCUUGUUGACAAGAGUACGUACACAGACCCUAUCCCCGGGGUCCGCUACUUUAUGUCGGAGAACGGUGGAUCAAAGCAAUCCAUCUUGUCUGAAAUCAUGGCUGUUUGCAUCAAUUUUCUGUUUACGGGUCUCGUUCCCUUCCUCAUGUGUUUAAGCGUCAUUGCGUGGUACUCCGUACGUGCCCGCUUAAUCUUUGCUCUGUCAUUCCUCACGUUGCUGAUCCCCGUGAAGGUGUACGACGCCAACGUAUUACGAUGGAAGGUUUGGCAUUGUCUCUUCGACUAUUUUUCUUUCUCGAUUAUUUUCGACGGUAAAUUCGACCGGAAGCAGAAAUAUCUCUACGCCGAAUACCCCCACGGCGUAACGCCCAUCGGCUGCCUCGUCUCCGGCUUUGCCUUCCCUCACUUCAGCCCUAUCACGCCGUGCUAUUCUCUCACCACCCCCAGCGCAUUGAUGAUCCCCCUCUACGGAGCCAUCCUCAAGCUGAUGGGCUGCGUCACCGCCACCAACGAGAACCUCCGCAAGUCACUAGCCAAGGGCUCGUGCGCGGUGGUGGUAGACGGAAUCGCGGGGAUGUACGUCAACGAACCGACCAAAGAAAUGAUCAAAUUCAGCGGCCGAAAAGGCUUCAUUCGAGCCGCCGUGGAGACCGGAACGCCCAUCUGCCCGGUCUAUCAGUUCGGAAACUCGCGAUUCUUGAAGCUGGUGCCGAAGUGGUUGGAGCCGUACGCUCGCAAGUACAAAUGCGCAAUGGGAAUUAUCUUGGGUCGAUGGGGAUUGCCGGUGCCCCAUAAAAUGACGCUGAUGUGCGUGUGCGGAAAGCCUGUGGAGGUGAAGAAGGUCGAUCGCAACGAUCCCAAUUUUGAUGCCUAUGUGGAUGAGGUUCAGCAGCUCGUGGCUGACGAGAUUCAGCGAGUGUAUUACAAGUACAGAUGCAUUUAUGGAUGGAACGAUCGCCCGCUGGAGAUCUAUUGA